GCUCUGGAGUCCGGAUUGUGUGCACUUCGUUGUCGUCGUCGGUGGUAGCAAAAGUACGAUAUGGUGGAAUUAUAAUGCCACUUGGUAUAUAACAUAUACCAGAAGAGCGAACCUGCAUGAUAGCAAAGUGGGAACUCAGAUGCCACACAGUCACCUGCGUCGGAACGGGACGGAUGUAGCCAGCGAGAUGAGACAGAACCAUGCCUGCCAGCGACAGGGAGGAGGAGUUUGUUCCACGGCUUAUGGCAAACGUAAAAAAUGUGGAAUUCCGAAAUCAAGUAGGACGAAUCAUAAAUUCUCCAUUGCAUGCACUUUCCGCGCGUGUUCUGAUCUCCGGGAGAUGAUGAUGGUGAUGUAGCAGCAGCAGAAGUAACAGCAACAGAGUGGCAGGCAGGAUUCAAGGGCUACGGUCUUACCAGGGUGUCGACGUUGGCAGUGUGGUUGUUGUUAUCGAAUUAACGGAGUGAUUUUUAGUCGCUGAUCGGAUCGCGACGGGCGCGUAUGGUGUUCUUCUGCAGCUCUGCUAGGACAAGCACUGAACUGUCGAUUCACAGUUGGGUACUUUGGUCAAUUGUCUUCGAACGGAUCUAACAGAAAAAAUUGCUAACAUUGCGGCGGAAAUCUGAAUCUGCCGAAUAGUUUGUACUGCAGGGAAAGUCCUAUCGUUCGGUUAAGUAUUGCGGGGAAAGGUUGCAACUGCAUCGUUUUAUGUCGAUGCCGUUUUCGACUAGGACAAACAGCGUCAACGACGAUAGUUAAUUGGAUUCUUUCGGUGCAUCGUUCAGUGAAACGCACUUCGCGUUAGUGAGUUGAGUUUUUUUUGCGACUUCAACCGAGGUUUUGGUACACGGGAGCAUAGUGAAGUUGGACUUUUAUUCCCAGAUUCAAAACUAAUGAGCGGAAUUGAAAACGGAUUAACGCGUGACGAUUGCAAUUAGUGCAUCAAGUGAGCUUUUAAAAAGCGAAUUCACGGGUCGUAGCAUCGCGUCAAUUGCGGCACAGCCAGAGAUCAAAUGGGAUAAUUUCGAUUGUGACAGGUGAAGUGCGCUGGAAAGAAGAUAUACGUACACGAACAAGUGGUGCUGCGUUUCGCGGUUGAGGCGAGUGAAUGUUUUGCUUCCGUAACAUGGAAAGCUCGACGGUUCUGCAGGAAAACAAAACAGGUUUCAACAAGGCCUCUAUUGCGGACUUCUACGACAAACUAGAGAAGGAUGAAAAUGGUCUUCAAAGUGGCCGGGGAUUCAGCAUUGAUGAUGCAGCACACGGAGCUUUGGCAAGAUCCGAAAAUGGACUUCCCGGGAAAUCUGAGCAUCGCGGAUCGCCAAUAUCCUGCUAUUCUCCGCAGAAUCGUCUUCUCUCGUGGCCCUCGCAGCACCUGACACCGGCUAGCGAGGGUGGUAGCAUUAGUGCACGAAAAGCGCAAAACCUUGGUCUGAUAUGUGUGGUCUGUGGUGACACCAGCUCCGGGAAACAUUACGGGAUUCUGGCAUGCAACGGUUGUUCCGGUUUUUUCAAACGCAGUGUGAGACGGAAAUUAAUAUACAGGUGUCAGGCGGGUACUGGAAACUGUACGGUUGAUAAAGCACAUCGGAAUCAAUGUCAGGCCUGCCGACUGAAGAAAUGUCUCAACAUGGGAAUGAAUAAAGACGCAAUUUCACAACCAAAGGCUGGCACUGGCAAGGCAUUGAAUUCAUUUCUACACUAUGCAGCGGUUCAAAAUGAGCGACAACCACGUAACACGGCAACAAUCAGGCCGGAAGCGCUGCGGGACAUGGAGCAGGGACGUGCCCUGCGGGAGGCUGCCGUUGCGGUUGGCGUUUUUGGACCUCCCGUUUCGUUGGCCCUUCUCUCCCCAUCCCGUUACGGACCCAGCAUACUGCCAGGCCCGGGGCUACCAACAAGUCAAUUUCUGCACCAUCACAGCCAAGUUUCGUCACUGGUAAACAGUCUUCCCCAUCACCAUCCUCACCACCCGCAUCACGCAAUGCACGGUCUUGCGAACGGAUUAUCGCUAGGCCUAAACGGAGUCAACGUAGCCAAUCAUAGUGCUUCGGCAGUGGCGGCCAUGUCGGCCGUCAACAGUAUCAACAGUAACCUCAACAAUAACAACAACAGUCCGCUGGUGAGCAACAACAAUCUCAGCUCAUCGGAAAAUCCAAACAACAACACGCAAUCUUCGAAUCAUUCCAACACAAGCGAGCAGCAUUCUCCUGUCGGUGGAACCUCGCCGGUGCAUCAGAACUCAAACGGGGCUGGCUCUGCUGGUGGUCCCAACUCGACCGCUCAGGAAAGCUCCUCGAUUAAGCAACACGCCCACAGCAGCUCAUCCUGUGGUUCGGCGAGUCCGAUUCUGCAGGACGACACCGGCAACGACAACGACGACGAUUCCAUUGACGUUACCAACGAUGAAGACACGGAACCUGUUCAAACCAGUACCGGAAUUCCCAGCUUGGUGAAUCAUCCGCUGUACGGCCAAAGUCCGAUGUUCAACUUCCAAGAAACAAUAUACGAAACCAGCGCUCGGCUCUUGUUUAUGGCAGUCAAGUGGGCCAAGAAUUUACCCAGUUUUGCUAGUUUAACGUUUCGGGAUCAGGUUAUCUUGCUGGAGGAAUCCUGGGCAGAAUUAUUCCUUCUAAACGCCAUACAGUGGUGUAUGCCAAUCGAUACUUCAGCCUGUACUUUGUUUUCGCUGAACGAACAUUGUUCCAGUGUGAACAACUCCGGUGUCUUCAAACCCGGUCAACUGGCACAAGAUCUGAGAAUACUGAACGAUACUCUGUGUCGAUUUAAGUCGGUCAUGGUGGAUCCAGCGGAAUUUGCCUGCAUGAAAGCCAUCGUUUUAUUUCGCUCGGAAGCUCGUGGUCUCAAGGACCCCGUUCAGAUUGAAAACCUGCAGGACCAAGCUCAAGUGAUGUUGGCACAACACUCGCGAACUCAGUUUCCCGGCCAAAUUGCACGAUUCGGAAGAUUACUGCUGAUGGUUCCGCUGCUGCGGAUUAUCAACUCGCACAAAAUCGAAUCUAUCUACUUCCAGAAAACGAUAGGCAACACUCCGAUGGAGAAGGUUCUUUGUGAUAUGUAUAAAAAUUAGUUGCCAGGUAUCGCUUCAAAGUUUCAACGCUAGCCGAGUAUGUGAAUAUAGAGUUAGACUAGAAUAAAAAGUUUCAACAGUCACACACGUAGGUUCAAUUGCACAUGGAACCGUUCGAAAAUGUUCCAAACACACUUGACAGCUUCGACAGUUGCGGUGAAAAGAAACCUAUUCAAUUUUGAACGAUUUGCGUAAUCAUUAGCACGGAUCGUUUUUUUUUCACAAAAACAAAAAAACCUCGAAUUCAAUUUGUUCGUUGUGUUGACUAAUCGAACAGCAAAACUAGUGGCAUGGCUGCCGGGAUAAACGAGCGGGCCAACCAUCUUCCGAUGCCACCUGCCAAACUAAACACCAAACCAGGCAGAUUCCACAUUUGUGGACUCGUGCGUAAAUUAUUAUGCGGUCACAUUUCACGUCACGUGUGUGCAGCGGAUAUUUGCAAACAGCUGAACAGGCGCAGUUAUUUUCUUUUUUCUUUCCAACCUGGUACGGUGCUUAUUGGGCAAAUGCUAUCCUACCGAGCAAUCACUGCAUCGGACAGUUUAUUUGAUUGUACAGCCUUUAUGUUUGCCACCCACCAACUCCUUUCCUUCUACCCCAACCUAACGAGGGUGAUAGUUUCAACGGUGAUUAUUUAUUUAUAUAUAGUUAGGAGUAGUGGGUGAUUAUUGGAAAAUAAGAAUGGGAUUUAUUUUUCAAGCACAAUUUGUUACAUCCUGUAAAUGCAAAUUCUGUGCACCAUAUAUAGUGAAGCAUAGGAAAAAAUGGUUCUAAGCUGGUAUAUACAUAAACCUAGAAAUAGAAAAAGCACUUUGUAGCAAAAUGAAGAGAAAGAUGUGCAAUGAACGGAUGUUACUGCUUGUAUCGAAAGUUGUAAAUAUUUUCAACACUGUAAACGCUAAUCGAAUGGUAACUACAAGAGCUCUAAGUUAAUUAACUGGUUCGUCAAUUGAUGACGUUAUGACUAUUUUGAAAUGUGUGAUUGCAUCUGAUUGUAG